AGCUUUAAAUUUUUUCCUACUCUCUCUCUAGACCUGACCUGCAACAACAAGACGAACAUCCAUUAAAUAUUCUAUCAUCAUUAUUCUUCAUCUUGAAAACUACCCAAUUCGACCAAACCCUCUGUUGUUCCAUCCAAUAUUAAUUGCAUUGUGCAGUUUUCAUUGCUAAUUUCCUCUUCUAUUGAAUAUCACCAUUGUCAUCUUCUUCAGUUUUUCUCCACAUUAGAAGAUAAUAUCCAUGAAAAACAGUUGAAAUGCAUCGAUUUACAAACAAGAAGAUGAAGUUGUUACGAAGCAGGUACGGAUUCCGUUACUUCAAAUUGCUCAUCUGGCUUGUUAUCUCUUUCAUCUUCUACAUUCAAUUCAUCAACCGUCAUCAACCUAACACGAAUUCGCUACGAACAAACCUAAUCCCUCACUCUCAUUCCAAUGCCGUUUCAAAUAUGAUUUCCGAAUCAGAUACGGUGUCGUUUCUCCGUCGAAAUCACGGUUCUUUUAACGAUAUGAAAAUAUACAUAUACAACUUACCGUCGAGAUAUAAUCUCGAUUGGCUAACGAACGAGAGGUGUAGCAAUCAUUUGUUUGCAUCGGAAGUUGCGAUUCAUAAGGCGUUGAUGAACAGCGAUAUACGGACGUUUGAUCCAUUACAGGCUGAUUUCUUCUUCGUUCCGGUUUACGUAUCCUGCAAUUUCAGCACUAACGGCUUUCCUGCCAUCGGCCACGCACGAUCUCUUCUCAAAUCAGCAGUUGAGUUAAUAUCUUCAGAGCUUCCGUACUGGAACCGGAGUAAUGGAUCUGAUCAUGUGUUCGUUGCUUCUCACGAUCACGGAGCUUGUUUUCAUGCAAUGGAGGAUAAAGCUGUGGCUAACGGAAUACCGGAAUUUAUGAAAAACUCGAUAAUAUUACAGACGUUCGCCGUGAAACACCGUCACCGGUGUCAAGACGUAGAGCACGUCGUCAUUCCGCCGUACGUUUCGCCGGAAAAGGUUCGGUCAACGCCAGUCAACGGCAAUCGAGAUAUUUUUGUGUUCUUUAGGGGUAAAAUGGAAGUCCACCCUAAGAACGUCAGCGGGCGGUUUUACAGCAGGCGUGUGAGAACGGAGAUAUUGAAGAAGUUUGGAAAGAACAAGCGGUUUUAUUUGAAACGGCAUCGUUUCGACGGUUAUUAUUCAGAAAUAGCUCGGUCGGUGUUUUGUUUGUGUCCACGUGGAUGGGCACCGUGGAGCCCACGCGUGGUGGAAGCUGCAGCGUUGGGAUGUGUGCCGGUGAUAGUCGCCGACGAGAUACGUCUACCGUUGGAGGCCGCCGUCCCGUGGGCGGAGAUAUCAGUUACGGUGGCGGAGAAAGACGUCGGAAAGUUGGCCGGAAUACUUGAUGACGUGGCGGCGACGAAUCUGACGUGGAUUCAGAGAAGGUUGUGGGACCCAAAGGUACGGCAUGCCUUACUGUUUAAUAAUGACGUGGAGGAUGGUGACGCCACGUGGCAUGUUCUUGUCGCAUUGAGUGACAGGCUGGAUAGGUCAUAUAGGAGGUGGAGGGCUGUGAACAAAUGAGGUGUGGACACGUGGAAAGAAUGUUUGGGUUUUGAGGUGAUGACGUGGAUAAGUUGUUGGAAUACAGCUGGACUAGUGAAGGGACAAAAUGCCAGAAUUGUAUGUAGCCGUGACGCCCGUGUUUGUGGGGGCCACAUGGUGUUAUUGGAAGCCCUGCUGGCAAGUUUUGUUUCGAUGUUGAGGUGGCGGGAUGUGAUUGGUGGAGAUGGGCGGGUGGACAGGUUAUUGCAUGGAUUGAGAAGCAGACAAGCUAGCCAGGGUGUUAAGGUUGGGUUGGGCUAUCGUAGAAUGGUCCCUCACUGUGUACAUGAUGGGGACCUCCAGGUUAGCCGUGAGAUCUUUGUAAUUCGUUGUGAACUGGUUAUGAUUGGGUGAUUCUGCUGAUGAUACUCCAGUAAUCUAUAAGUGAUCUACAUUAACUGUUAAAAAAAUCGUUGUCAAUGGGUUGGUUUGAUCUCUUAAAACCGGACUGACUGGUAGGCUGGUAUCGGCGUUUUUAAAACCGGACUACUACCCGGGUGGACUUCGAAGUUGGAACUGGUCAUAUAGAAUCGCUACGUUGGGGUGUAUCUGAACCGUGCUUGUGUAAACGGACCGGACCCGGAUGUUUGGACCAAUUUUCAAUGUAUAUGUGUUUGCUUUUUCCACUUCAUAAUAUCAUUUACCGGUUCUUUUA